AUAAGAAGGCUAACAGAAAACCAGGAAGGGAAUUGACAAGAAAGAGAAAGAAAAGAAAAGAAAAAAGGAAAGAAAGAAGCAAGAUGCCGUGUGCGAUGGUGGUACCAAACUCCCCGAUAUUCUCGUCAACUUCGAGAAUUCCUCCGAUGUUUUGCAAAUCUUCGUCGUCUUCCCCGUGCUCGUCUCCCAGGUCACCGUUGCCGGCGUCUUCUUCCUCAUCUCCGAAAUCGCCGCUGUCGCUACGUGCACAGAGACAGGGAGUCGGAUCGGGUAUUGCGUCCGGACUUGGCUGGGGCUCCACUGCAGUUAAGAGGAAGAGACCGGCGCGGAUAGAUAUACCGGUGCAGACGUGGAGUCUCGCUGUGGAGACGCCGAGAGGGGAGAAGACGGUGGAGGUAGGGGAGGAGGAUGGAGAUGGAUACUCUGUGUAUUGCAAGAGAGGAAGAAGAGGUCCGAUGGAAGAUCGCUUCUGUGCCGUGGUUGAUGGUGCGGGAGAUGAUAAGCAGGCUUUUUUUGGUGUUUUUGAUGGGCAUGGAGGGCCAAAGGCUGCUGAAUUUGCUGCAAAGAAUUUAGAUAAGAACAUAAGGGCUGGAUUAUUGAGCAGCAGAUGUGAAGAAGGAAUAGAAAGUGCUAUUAAGAAAGGGUACCUUACUACAGAUAUAGAAUUUCUAAAGGAAGAUGUAUCAGGGGGUACGUGUUCUGUCACCGCAUUGAUUCAGAAAGGUGAUCUUGUUGUAUCAAAUGUUGGUGAUUGCCGUGCUGUAAUGAGCCGGGGAGGAGUUGCAGAGGCUCUUACCUCCGAUCACAAGCCUUCAAGGAAAGAUGAACGGGACAGGAUUGAAGCUCUGGGCGGCUAUGUGGAUUGCCGCAAUGGGGUAUGGAGAAUACAGGGGACUCUCGCUGUGUCGAGGGGAAUUGGAGACGGGCAUCUCAAGACAUGGGUAAUUGCAGAGCCAGACACAAAAAUCUUAAGAAUUGAGUCUGAAUGCGAGUUCUUAAUCCUAGCAUCUGAUGGUCUUUGGGAUAAGGUAACUAAUCAGGAAGCCGUAAAUCUUGUUCGUCCUUUAUGCACAAAUGCUGCUAAGCCUGAACCUCAUCUGGCCUGUAAAAAGCUUGUUGACUUAUCUUCAAGAAGAGGUAGCACAGAUGAUAUAAGUGUGAUGAUAAUCCUAUUAGGUUGUUUCGUUUCGUAAUUUAUUAUAGAAAAUCUGGAUGACCGCCAGUAAAUUUUGCUUCAAUUUUGGAUGGAAGGCACCGAUCUGUAAAGCAGACACCUCUCCUCUACUAGAUAAAGAAGAUAAGAUAGUGGUUUUAAGAGUGGAGAAGAUGGUUUUGAUACUGACAAUAGAUUAUAUUUGUAAAUCUUCUAGGUUGAGGCUCAUGGUUUAAUGAAUCGUGAUCAUAAUGCUUGUGGAAAUUAUAGACGGACUAAGGUUACCUAUAUAGCAUCAUGUUUUACAUUAAUUUUUAA